AUGACUACCACCGGAAAAGUUAUAAAAUGCAGAGCUGCCGUUGCCUGGGAAGUGGGCAAAUCACUCUCUGUUGAGGAGGUAGAGGUUGCACCUCCAAAGGCGCGAGAAGUUCGUGUCAAGAUUGUGGCCACUGGGAUCUGUUGCACAGAUGACCAUGUUUUAAGAGGCUGCUUUCCUAAUACAGAAUUCCCACUUAUCCCAGGCCAUGAAGGAGCUGGGAUUGUGGAGAGCAUUGGAGAAGGAGUGACCUCUGUGCAACCAGGAGACAAAGUCAUCCCUCUUUGCCUUCCUCAGUGUGGGGAAUGCGGCUUCUGUUUGAAUCCUGACUCCAACUACUGCAAAAAGGCUCACUUUGACGAAACCCAGAAUGUGAUGCCGGACAAGACCAGCAGGUUUACCUGCAAAGGGAAACAGCUUCACCAUUUCCUAUGGGUCAGCACCUUUGCAGAAUACACCGUUAUGCCAGAGUGUGCCGUUGCCAAAAUAGAUGCUGCUGCACCUCUGGACAAAGUCUGCCUGUUGGGUUGUGGUUUUCCCACAGGGUAUGGGGCUGCCAUCAAUACUGCUAAGGUAAAACCAGGCUCUACCUGUGCAGUCUUUGGCCUCGGAGGAGUUGGCCUCUCUGCUGUCAUGGGCUGCAAGGCAGCUGGAGCUUCCCGCAUCAUUGCUGUUGACAUCAACAAGGGCAAGUUUGCCAAGGCCAAAGAGCUGGGAGCCACCGACUGCGUCAGUCCUUUGGAUUUCAAGAAGCCUAUUCAGGAGGUGCUCACUGAGAUGACUGGCUAUGGCGUGGACUACUCCUUUGAGGCCAUUGGGCACAAAGAUACCCUGAUUGCUGCCCUGGCCUCCUGCAACAUGAGCACAGGCAUCUGCGUGAUGGCUGGGGAACUGGAUUCUGGAUCAACAAUUUCCUUUGACCCUAUGCUUCUGCUAUGUGGGCGUGCAUGGAGAGGGACUCUGCUCGGAGGUUGGAAGAUGAGGGAUUCUAUUCCCAAAUUAGUUUCUAGCUAUUUAGAAAAGAAAUUUAACUUGGACUUGCUGAUCACGCACACAUUGCCGAUUGCUGAAGUGAACAAAGGAUUUGAAUUGUUGCGUACAGGUAAAAGUAUUCGCAGUGUCCUACUGUUUUGA